AUGGAACACAAGGUGGAUUUCUUGAUGAAGCGCUACACAUCAGUAUGCCCAGAUGUUCGCUCGCGCGUCAACGCCGCCACCAGCAAAUUGUUCGACGUUACCAGCGACAUGUACGACUUCAUAAGCCUACACGUCAUCAAUAACAUGGGACAACCGAUCGCUCCAGGACCGGGACCAGGACUUCCAGUCCCAUUUAAAGCCGCCGCUACAUACUUCCGAAUCGAGCUCAGAUUGGUCCCACGGCUUUGCUCCCUACGAACUGACAUUGGAAUCGACCCAACAAAGUUCCCACCGUCUUCCAAUAGAGCCGUAUGCGUUCCAGGGCCAAGAGUCCAGAACCAGAUGGAUGUAUCCAUCACUCGCCAAAUGGUAACGGACCAAGCACAUCACAAAGAAAUCAUCACAGCAAUGGUAGUGUUAGAAUAA